AUUUAUUAAGCCUUGUGCCAGGUAGUGUGCUAAGCACUAGGGAUACCUGCCCUCGAGGAGCUCAUGAUCUAAUGGGGAAGACAACAUGAGAACACAUGUAUACAGAGCAUGCUAUGUACAGGAUAAAUAGGAAAUAAUGAAGAGAGGGGAGGCCCUGGAGACAUCCCUUGUCACAACAGGAAUAGCAUUUAGUUUGUGAGGAUUGGUUCUUGAUAGAAGCAGAAACCCCAGAUUUCUGUUCACUAUGGUUUUGGGGACUCUCCCCAAUUCCUGUGGGCCACUCUUAGGUAAAAGGAGCAGGAAAAGUCCAGUCACAACUGGAUGGCCGAGAAUUUCUUAACGACUUUGGGUGUUAAAGGGCAGGAGGCUCCCUAAGAGACCAGUCCAACUGGUCCAGUUUUGCCUUUGGGUGAACACAUACUGGCAGGCCAAGGGACUUGCUCAGAAAUGAGCAGAUUAGUCCAAUUUCUGGUGAAGCUGUAAAAUGUAAAUCCCUAAUUUUGAUCCGUUUUAUCAACAAACCAGAAGAGGAGAGCUGAGCCAGGUGCAAUAAUAGCAAAUGGGCCAAUCAAUUUAGGGAUCCAGAAGGGCGCUGGCUGGAGCUGAGGAGUGGGAGCACUCCAGGCCUUGGGCAAAGGCUUGGAGGUCGGAGUUGAGGCAUUGGAACGUGCAGUUAGGAACAACUAGGGUUGGCUGCAGUGUGCAGUGUGGCCUUCCCCAGCCCCUUUUAAUCCUAGCGCUUCCUCUUUGUAAUUAUUUUCUAUUUUUUAUACCGCAUAUAGCUGGCUUUGUACAUAUUUGUUUGCACAGUCUCCCCCAUCAGAGGGCAGGGACUGUCUGUUGUCUUCUGCACAUAGUAGGCUCCUAAUAAAUGUUCUUGACGAUUCAUGGAACGAAGAGCAGGUUGGAGGCACGUGGUGUUGCAGGGGCAUUAGGGACAACGUAGGGCCGUUUGGAGCGGGGCGACAGCCAGACCUAGGGACUCAGGGGCAUUUUGGGGGGCAUUCCUGGGAUUUCCUCGGCCAGCCCUCGGAGAAUGACCCGGAUGAAGGGGGCAGGGGUGAGGCUGCUGCCUCGUUUUAUAGGGGAGGAGGCGCGCAGCCAGAGACGGGGCUCGAACCCACUACCCAGGGCAGCCUUCUCUAACUCUCAGAAAAGGAGGGGGCCAGGGCCUCCGUAACCAAGGUAACCGUCUGAGACAGGCACCCGGCCUCAGCCCCUACCUCCGCCUUCCCAGUGUCCUCCUAGGGCUCGGCGCGGGGAGCGGCUGCCGACUGCGCACGUGCGGACCUGGAGGUCCCCCUCCUCCUCCCCCGCCCUCCGGACGCCGGCGCUUGGGCCUCGCCAGCCUCCGUACAGGCCCGUCGCGGGCUCCACGUUGGCUGCGCAGGCGCACUUGGCGCGUCGCUCUCCUACCGGGCCUCCGUCGUCGCCGUAGCUGCCGCCGCCGCCGCUGCCGCGGCUGGAUGGAUGGGGGCGCGGAGGGCGGGCCGAGGCGAGGCGGGGAGGGUGGGGAGCGGAGCCGGAGCCGGUGCCGGAGCCGGGAGCAGCAGCAGCAGCAGCAGCGGCCGCGGAGGACGCGGCCCGAGGCUGAGGGAAGCAGAGCGGCCGCCGCGUCCGUGAGGCCUCCGCGGGGCCCGGCCGGAGGCCCGAGGCCCGAGGCCCCCGCACCAUGUUCAAGAAGCUGAAGCAGAAGAUCAGCGAGGAGCAGCAGCAGGCGGCGGCCCAGGUCCCUUCCAUUUCACCUGCCCCAGCAGGGACCAGGAGCCGGACAUCUUCUCUUACAGAACAGCAUGAUGAUGGUACGCCCAACAGAGAGCUUCUUGCUGGGAUUUUAGCAGAGCCUGCUUUUCUCUCUGAGUAUACUAUCUUUGCUUUGGAUUCCUCCAAACAACCCAAACCACAGAUUGCCUGUGUGACUGCAUCUAGCUACAUGCCUGAGAAACCAGCUGACUGCAUUAAUGGAAAUGAACCAGCUCCUCAGAACUUAGCCCUCUGGGAAGCAGCUGUUCUUGAACAACCCAGAUCUCUGCUAGUCUCUACAUCGAGUGAGACGCAGUCUUUUGCACAGAAGCUCCAGCUCCGGGUUCCAUCAGUGGAGUCUUUAUUUCGAAGUCCAGUCAAGGACUCCUUGUUCCGUUCCCCUUCAAAAGAAUCUCUGGUGCGGAGUUCCUCAAGAGAGUCCCUGAAUCGCCUCGACCUUGACGCGCCCACUGUGUUGGAUCCCCCGUCUGACAUUGAAAGUGAGGCGGAGGAGGCCAUGGGAAAUGCGGAUAGUUUCAGUAAAGAGCAGCUCUGCCAGAGGGUCCGGAGGAUGGAACGAAGCUUAAACAGCUACCGAGGCAAAUAUUCAGAGCUUGUUACUGCCUAUCAAACUGUCCAGAGAGAAAAGAAGAAGUUACAGGGUCUUUUGAGCCAGAGUCAAGAUAAAGCCCUCAGGAGAAUUGGGGAAUUACGAGAGGAGCUUCAGAUGGAUCAACAGGCUAAGAAACAUCUCCAGGAAGAGUUUGAUGCAUCCCUAGAGGAGAAGGACCAGUACAUCAGUGUUCUGCAGACUCAGGUUUCACUACUGAAGCAUCGCCUGCAAAGUGGCCAGAUGACUGUGGAGUUACCAAAACCUGAAAGCCUCCCCAAAGAAACUAAUGAAGAGAAUGCACGGAAUGAUCUGGAUCACGGAGUGUCAGCAGAGGGAGAAGGAGAUGGAGAUGCUGCCAAAACUUUAGAAACUCUUCAGCAAAGAGUGAAGCGACAAGAGAAUCUCCUUCAGCGCUGCAAAGACAUGAUUAAGUCACACAAGGAGCGAGCUACCCUUGUAACCAACGAGAAGGAAGCCCUUCAGGAGCAGCUCGAGGAAAGGCUUCAGGAGCUGGAGAAGAUGAAGGAGCUUCACAUGGCUGAGAAAACGAAAUUGAUUACUCAGCUGCGGGAUGCCAAGAAUUUGAUUGAACAGCUUGAACAGGAUAAGGGAAUGGUAAUAGCAGAGACCAAACGUCAAAUGCACGAGACCCUGGAAAUGAAAGAAGAAGAGAUCGCUCAGCUUCGUAGUCGACUCAAGCAGAUGACCACCCAGGGCGAGGAGCUGCGGGAACAGAAAGAGAAAUGUGAGAAAGCUGCUUUUGAGGAACUUGAAAAAGCUUUGAGCACAGCACAAAAAACUGAAGAAGCCAGGAAAAAAAUGAAAGCAGAAAUGGACGAACAGAUAAAAGCAAUUGAAAAAACAAGUGAGGAAGAACGCAUAAAUCUGCAGCAGGAGCUAAGCCGGGUAAAACAGGAAGUUGUAGACAUUAUGAAGAAAACGUCCGAAGAGAGAAUUGCUCAGCUACAGAAGAUGUAUGCUGGGGAGCUCGCUAACAAGGAGAAGGAGCUCAAUGAGAAAUUUCAGGCUCGGGAAGAAGAAUUCCAGAGGCAAUUGAAAGCAGCUCUUGAAAAUAAUCAAACAGAGUAUUUGAAGACUGCGCGAGAAAAAGAGCAACAAGAAUCCUUAGCUCUUGAAGAAUUAGAAUUGCAGAAAAAAGCUUUACUGUUAGAAAGUGAAAAUAAGCUUCGAGACCUACAGCAAGAAGCAGAGACCUAUAGAACUAGAGUCCUGGAGCUGGAAAGCUCCCUGGUCAAGUGCUCUCAAGAUAGCAAGAAUCAGGUAGAAGAGAUGUCCUUCCAGAUGGAAUCUGAGAGAAACAAGCACAAUACAGAGAUCACAGUCAUGGUCGAAAGCCAUAAAGCAGAGUUAGAAAGUUUGCAGAAGCAGCAGGAGCAGCUUUGGACAGAGAGACUUCAAGUCCUAAAGCAGCAUCACCAGACUGAAGUCGAGAAGCUCAGGGAGAAAUAUAAGCAAGAACAAGAGGCGUUGUUGAAAGAGAAGGAGACCGUGUUCCGUGGGCACAUAGAAGAGAUGAAUGAGAAGACACUAGAAAAGCUUGAUGUGAAGCAAACAGAGUUAGAAGCAUUAUCUUCAGAGUUGUCCGAAACAUUGAAAAUUCGACAGAAUCUGGAAAAAGAGCUCUCUGUCUUGAAGAGGGAGAAAGAUCAAGUAAAGCGAGAGCUUGAGGCGAAGCUGGAGGAGCAGAGAAUUCAGCACCAGCAGCAAGUCGACGUGAUGCUUGAAGAGCAGAAGCGAUCUGCCCAGGACGUCGAGAAGGCAGUGAAAGAGGAACUCAGUCACGUUGGGCUUCUGCUGAAGGAGAAGGAGCGCCGUUUGGAAGAGCAGCAAGCACAGCAGCAGAAAUUGGAGGAAUCUAUUCAAAGAGCCAAAACUGAGCUUAAACAGGCAUCAGAUAAGAUAGAUGUUUUUCAGUCCCACCAGAAUAACUCAAAUGAGCAAGUUAAAGCCUAUGAAAGGCAGCUGACUGAACUGCAGCAGAAAUGGGCUGAUGUGGAAGCUGAGAAAGAUUGCCUUGAAAAACAGGCAGCAGAGGCUGAUGUGCAAAAGAAUCAUCUCAAUGCAGAACUGGAUUCUUACAAAACCCAGGUGCGAGGCUUAAUGCUGCAGCUGGAGAAACACAGGAAUGAAAUGGAUCAGAAGCUACGUUCUCUGACCGAUCAAUAUGAGUCUCAACUGAAAGAUCUUAGUACAGGACAGGAACAGACCAAGCAAAGCUUGAUUGAAAGGGAAAAUGAAAUUUUGCACAUGAAAGAACUACAGAACCAGGAAAUAGAGAAUUUCAGGCAAAGACUGUUAGCCAAGGAAGAGAGCAUUAAGGCUUUGGAAAAAGACUAUGAAAACAAAUUAAAGAAUCAAGAAAUCAAGAUGGAAAAAGUCAAACAGAAAGCAAAGGAAGUGCAAGAAACCUUCAAGAAGAAACUGUCAGAUCAGGAAGCGAAGCUGAAAAAAGAGCUUGAAAACACACACUUAGAGUUCAGCCAGAAAGAAAAACAGUUGAAUACAAAACUGCUGGAGAUGGCCCAGGCUAGUUCUGCAGGAAUGAAUGAUGCGAUUUCAGAACUGAAGAAGAGCCAGCAGGAGCAAGUGCAGAGUCUCACAGCAGCCCAUCAGCAAGAACUCAGUGACAUGGUGGUCAGCUGGGAGAAGAAGGUCAUCCGGCAAGCCGAGGAGCUGCAGGAGAAGCACGAGCGGGAGCUGCAGGAGAAGGAGCGAGAAGUGGCUGAGCUCAAGCAGGAGAUGGCGGCCGUCAGGGCUGACAGAGAGCUGGCCGGCAGAGAGGUGGCCUUGCUGCGGGAGGCGGGCACAAAGCAGGGCGCGUUGCUGGAGCAGUUAGAGAAGCAGCUGAAGCAGAAAGCGGAGCAGGUCACGACGCUCACGCAGGAUGGAACGGACAUGAGAGCUCGGCUGGAAACGUUGCAGGCUGAAAGAGCUGCUCUCCACCACCAGAUAAGUGAGUUGAAGACCCUGGAAGAAAAAGAUAAGCAGAAGUUUAUGGACGUGACUGAGAAGUUGAAAACUACUGAAGAGCAACUUCAGGCUUUGAAAUCUUCACGUGAAGGGUAUGAGAAGAAAGUAGAGGCCGACUACUUGCACUUUCAGAAACUGUCUGAACAGCUAGCAGCACAACUGCACACGUGCUGCCAGGAAGCCGAAGCCUUACUGCAGACCAAAGCCAGUGAACUGAUGGAGAGGAGUAACAGUAAAAUCGAGGCUGCUCUUUCUAGGGUUUCUUAUUGCCAGCUUCAGACAAGUAAAGUGAAAGAAGCAAUAUUAAUCCAGACUCAUAAAAUCCCUGAACUAGAAGCAAAGCUUAGACAGGCAACAGAACAACAACAUGUAUUAAGUAAUUCUUUACAACAUUCAGUUCAUCAGUUGGAAGAAAAAGAAAAUCAAAUUAAAAGCAUGAGAGCUGACAUUGAAGGCCUCGUCACAGAAAAGGAAGCACUGCAGAAAGAAGGAGGACAUCAGCAGGAGGCUGCCUCUGAAAAGGAAUCUUGUAUCACUCAACUAAAGAAGGAGUUAGCUGAGAACAUCAAUGCUGUCACCCUGAUGAAAGAGGAGCUGCAAGAAAAGAAAUCUGAAAUCAGCAGCCUUCACGAGCAUGUGCGGGACCUGACUGUUCAACUUCAGAACAGCGUGAGCCUGACAGAAAAAGAGGAGGCCCAACGGGAACUGCUUCUCCGAGUCCAAGAGCUGUCCUCGACAGUUGACACCUUGAGCAAGGAGAAAGCGUCAGCUCUCGAACAGGUAGAUCACUGGAUGAAUAAAUUCUCUGAGUGGAAGAAGAAAGCACAGUCGAAGUUUACACAGAAUCAGAAUGCUGUUAAAGACUUACAGAUGCAAUUGGAGCGAAAAACAAAGGAAUCUAGUGAAAAAGAUGAACAGAUACAUUCAUUAAGGGAGAAUCUUGAUCAGGAAAAAGAAAGUUUUAAAAGUUGGAAAAGUGAGCUCCAAGAGAGGGAGAGUAAGAAGGAGAAACAUGAGUGUGAUGUGCUAGCUGAGUUAAACGUCCAGUCGGCAAGAGUUGCAGAGCUAGAGGAAUGUGUUACCCAGAAAACAACAGAAAACACGUGCUUGGCAGAAGAACUUCAGCGACACCGUGAGAGCGAAGAGCAGCUGCGGCAUGCCCGUGAGCAGGCGGAAGAGCGGCUGUUGCGGCUCCAGAAGCAGAUGGAUUCCGUGCGGUCCGAGCUGGAGGCUCAGCAGACGGACAUGCAGCGCGCCGUCGCAUCCAGCGGCAGAAGCGGGGCGGACGAGUUAAAGGCACUGCGGGAACAACUGGAGGCAGAGAGUGCCACGAAGCUGGCGGAAUUGAAGAAGAAGGCGGAGCAAAAGAUCGCCACCAUCAAGAAGCAGCUGCUGUCCCAAAUGGAAGAAAAGGAAGAGCAGCACAAGAGGGAAGCAGACAGCCAAGUGACGGCGAUGACCCAGCAGCUGCAGGAGCGAGAGCGUGAGGUUCAGCAGCUUCGUGAGCAGCUCGGGUCCGUGGGCAGGCAGGCAUCAGAGCAAGAAGGAGAGGCCUCGGCCGCGGCAGCCUCCUCCACAGAGCCCAUGGGACAAGCCGGCAGUGAGGAAGGACCUAAGGCUGGGAUGCAGGAGUGUCUGACAGAGUGGGAACAGGUGGAGAAAAGGCAGCAGGAGGAGCCGGACUUGGAGACUGACAUCGUAGCGGUCCAGAAGAUCCUCCCGGAGAAGGGCCGAACGGGCCGGAUGUUAGAAGAGAGAAAGGAGAGGGAAGAAGCCAGAGCUGGAGCAGGGCUGCUGACGUCCAGCCCCGGACCCUUCGAGGCUUCCCAGCAGCAGCUGGGGGAGAAAGCGGAGCCUGUGGAAGUCGUAGGGUACAGCGGUAGAAGCAGCACGGAGGUCCAUGCAGCCCAGGCCCAAGCGCUCCCUGGCACGCAGAGCCAGCUGGAGGACCUGAGGUCUGAAUUAGAGGAGGCCGAGCGGGACAGACAGCGGCUGCGCAAGGAGGUGAAUCGCUUGCAGAGGGAUUUGCGGACUCUGAGGAAGGAGCAUCAGCAAGAGUUGGAAAUAACCAAGAAAGAAUGUGAAGAAGAAAUGGAAAAGAAAAUGAAGAUGGAACAGGAAGACAGUGAGCUGAGGCAUAACUCCAAGCUAAAACAGCUGAUGAGGGAGUUUAACACCCAGCUGGCUCAGAAGGAGCAAGAGCUGGAAGCCACAAUCAAAGAGACCAUCAGUAAGGCCCAAGAAGUGGAAGCAGAGCUCUUAGAAAGCCACCAAGCAGAAACGAAUCAUCUGCAUAAAAGAAUUGCAGAUAAAGAAGAAGAUUUAAAAAGAACAGCCAAAAGAUAUGAAGAAAUCCUUGAUGCACGAGAAGAAGAAAUGACUGCUAAAGUUGUUGAACUACAAACACAGCUGGAACAGCUACAAAAGGAAUACCAGCAUCGACUCCAUGAAGAAGAGGAGAAUCCGAGCAGUGAGAAAGUAACAAUAAUGGAUCUCCAGACCCAGCUGGCCCAGAAAACUACUCUUGUCAAUGAUUCCAAGCUGAAAGAGCAGGAGUUCAGAGAGCAGAUUCAUACAUUAGAAGACCGUUUAAAGAAGUAUGAGAAGAACAUGUAUGUUACAACAGUGGGGAUGCCUUACCAAGUCGUGGCUACGAUUGUCAUCUUGAAGAAAUUGGGAUGGAGAAUGUUCCUUGAUUGUGCUGCUCAAAAACCUGCCCACGUCUGUUUUUCUUUGAGAAAAGGCGUGACUGACGGACGACAAGCUGCUUUUCAGGUCCCUUGAGAGAGAGAGAGGCAGCGCAGAGACAGCUAGAUGACACUGGAUCACGAAGACAGCUAGAGCCACCUUGGGAGGGCAGCGGUGCUUUUGGAGGGGCUGACGUGCGCCUUGACUGAUGAACGGAUGGACCCGAGACGAGCCCGCCAGCGCUCUCUUCUCCCCCCCCUUUUAAGAUUUGAACUUGAUGGUUCGCCUCUUUGAUUUAUUUAUUUUAGGGUGAUUUUGGGAUUUUGGGGGGUUCUGUUUCAGUUUGAAUGACUUGUGCAAUACAUAUGGAGGUGGAAUUUGAUAGAUUUUUUUCCUGAUGAAUUAGAGGAAUCUGACUAUGUCAUCCAGAUUUGAUUUGAUUUUUUUUUUUUUGCUAAGGACUAGUUCUUUAAGCUUUUGCUUCUGAUGAAUCCAAAUGGCAGUACCUCAUUUAUUUACUUCGCUUUUGUACUUAUAGUUUCCAGGAAAAAAAUACUGUAAAUUGUAAAUAGUUAAUACAUUACUGCAUCAUAUGCUGAUCUGUGACUGUUGGCAAUGUCAAUCUAGGAUGAACAGAGGAAAAAAAUAAAGUUUUAUUUACUGUAUAAAA